CGUGUUUCAGAACGACGCACUGUUUGACACUAUUUGCUUCCCCUUCUUUCACAUGACUAACUUCUUGUGACUCACAUUCCUCUAGCAAGCGAGUAGCUAAUCUUAGUUACUCUGUUUUCAAUUCAGUCUGUCAAAUUGUCUGAAACAAAGGAGUGAAGUUUUGCAAAGUAAAGGUAGGAAAUUUGAAGGUAUUGCUCGACUGAGAUGGCGACUUUACAUGUAUUACCUUGAAAGACCUGGAGGAAGACUGCGUCAACAUCAUUUGGAAGCGGCUUGACGAAUUUGGUAAGCUAACGUUAAAUGUCAGCCAGCUGGUAGUCUGUGAGACAUGACUACUGCUUUGUGAAAUUAACGUUACAUGCUAGUAGAAGUACUUUGGGCAAUUCUGUUCAAUGUGGUCUUACGAUUUUUAGUCAUGCAGUCGGUAAUUACCACCAGUCGCUUCAAUAGCGAAGGCGUGUCAUCAAAAUUAAAAACAAUAGGCCUAGUUAUCUGCAUUGUACCUAGCUAGGAUAUAACGUUCACGUAAUGAAUGCACUUGUUUUAUUAAUCACGGUCUAUAUAAAGGUAGGGAGAGUGUGGAGGACAGACAGAGCAAGAACAACCAAUGGCAGCGAUGGCUGAGCUCAUUGUGCCUGAUUCAAGAAGAUGCAUUAACUUCUUCCUGUAUGAUGGGUCAAAGGUCAAGGGUGAGGGUGACCCUACAAGAGCUGGCAUCUGCUACUUCUAUCCUGAAGAGACGCCUCUGGAUAAGCAGGAGCUGCUGUGUGGACAGCUGGCAGGCGUGAGCCGCUGUGUCUCUGAGCUCUCCUCCUCCCCUGUACGUCUGCUCAGGCUACGGCGGAGCAAGUUCGCCAUCCGCAUGAAAGACAACUUUUUGUGGGCCUUAAGCUGUUCAGUGGAAAUACCAGACGUCAGUAUAUGUGACUUCCUGGAUCAGCUGAUAAAUCUCUUUAGUUUCUAUAACGGCCCUAUCCGCCAGAGCUACCAGAUCUACAGUCAGGAAGAUUUAGCCGUUCGAUGGACCCAGUACCUCUCCCACUUACAAGGAGGUGCCACUGAACUCCACCACAUCUUCAGUGUCUUGAGCACCAUUGACUCUACACAUAUUGACCCACUUCUCCUACUCAAGGCUGCCCUCAUUCUGCAGGCCUGUCAACGCUGCCCCCUUGUGUUAGCUGGUUGUGUACUCUACUGUGGGAGGGUUGUCAGCACACAGAUGCCCCCUGAUCUCACAGUGAAAGUCAUGGCUCAUGAAAUGGAAACAUACAAGCAGGACCAGAGACCCAAUGGACUGAGUUCCUCCAGCUCUUCUGGCAGCACUCCUCUAUCUAGCCCAGUGACCUCCACCACUGUGUUCCUGACCGCCACUGAACUACAGUAUCUCCGCUCCGCUCCUGUGGACAGAGAAUCCAGAUCCAAAUCUACACAAUCUACUCCAAAGGAAUCAAACCGACCUAGGAAGUCCCGCCUCCUGUCAAGAACCCUAUCUGACACACCAACCACUGAUCCGCUUGACCCAGACCCCACCCACUACGUGCCACUAUCCUUCCAUUAUCCCUCCACUCCCCAGUCAACUCUAUCGGAUGAGUCGCUUUUUAGCCCAAGUCCUUCAUUUCACACUCCUGGCCCUCUCAGCCCUUCACCUAUCAAGGUCGCUCCAGAGACCUCUGGUCAUAACUUGUCCAAUGGAAAGCUGUCCCAUGAGGUGGAGGAGGGUGUCACAGGAAGUUCGUACGACCACAGUUUUAACAGCAUAGAUGGUGGGAGAGAUGAGUCGGGUCUUGCAGGAGGAGGCAGGUCAAUGCAAAACAAGGACCUGCGUCACAUCAAUGGACAGAAUGGAGGUAGUAUUGUACUGAGUGGAGAGAGAGCUGGAGCCCUCCAGUUCAGAGGUCAGGAGUCCCCAGAGCCUGGCAGUCAGAGGAUGGGGAAUGUGGAGGUGUUUAAGGAGAAGGAAGAACAGGGGAGUAAAGGUUUACUGCAGGCUGAUACUUGUGAUGUGCCCCCCUACUCCCCUUCGCCCGGUGAGAACUCUACAGAGGCCCCUCUGCUCCCCAUGUCGUUGUACCAGCACAGGGUGAGAGGGCUGGUACUGGCCCUGCUGGUGGAGCCAGACUUCCACAGCAACACUGCAGCCACGGAGGAAGUGUAUCACAGCAGCCUGGCAUCUUUAAACGGACUGGAGGCACAUCUGAGGACCACUGCUCUGGGGACUCCCGGCCCACAUGGACCAUACACCUUUGCACACUUUGACUGUAUACAGAACACGCUCACAACCAACCUGUCUGGCAGGCCCGGGGGAGCCCAGGAGUGUUCCUUUGUGAGAGCCACAUCGCUGCUCCACUCGCAUUUCUCUCACACUGAAGCUCUGCAGGAGGCUAUUGUCAGGAGCGCUGGUGCAGCUGUGUACGGGACCCGCAGCGUGGCCCAGGAGACGUACUUCCUGCAGCAAGGCGGAGCAGUGAGAAACUCUGGCAUUCCUAACCACCAGGACAGCGCUUUCUCUCUGCCCAGCAAGGCCCGACACAGAUUAAUGAAACAUGGGAUAAACCUGCUCUGACUGACCAUGACAAGGAGAGUUCCACCAGCACCUUUCUCUACUCAGUCACUGCUCUGAAUAUGAUACUCUUUAAAUUCAUUUCCAACACUGUACUUACACUGAACCUUUUUGCAAGUUAAUAUAAGCACUUUGUAAAGAAUUAUUACAUUUACAUUUAAGUCAUUUAGCAGACGCUCUUAUCCAGAGCGACUUACAAAUUGGAGGAAGUUGUAUGUAUUUAGCUUUUUCUGUUAUUGCGUGGAGUUUAAGAAAUGUCUGCUUUAUCUGUAAUGUUGUCACUUGUUCGCUUUGCUGUAUGUUUCUUGUCCUAUCUUGGUCAGGUCAUUCUUGUAUAACAGAAUCUGUUCUCAAUGACUUAGUUGGUUAAAUAAAAUAUACUAUUUACAAGAA